AUGAAGUUUAUCCCCGUCACCGCCUUCAACACUGGCCUUGGAUUGGUUCCUGCUGUGUUCUUUGAAUUAACCCAUCAGACCAAUGAGCUCAUCAAUUCUGGAGAUGUCAACACAGACAUAUCCAGAGAUGUGAUUCACCAUGAGCCAGACAGUGGCCAACCUCUGAACAACCGUGAUGUCCCUCCCCUUCGCAAACCCCGAAGGCCCCUGGACACCUUCAAAAAGGUGGGGAUCCCCAUCAUUGCAGUGCUGCUGAGCCUGCUAGCCAUCGGAAUUUUGGCCCUCCUCAUCAAGGUGGUUCUGGAUAAAUACUACUUCAUCUGCGGAAAUCCCCUGACCUUCAUUCAGAGGGGCCAGAUGUGUGAUGGCCACCUGGACUGUGCCUCGGGGGAGGAUGAGGAAUACUGUGUCAAGAACUUCCCUGAGAAGCCCAGAGUGGCAGUUCGCCUCUCCAAGGACAGGUCCACCCUGCAGGUUCUGGAUGCAGCCACAGGGACCUGGGCCUCAGCCUGUUUUGACAACUUCACAGAAGCACUGGCCAAGACAGCCUGCAGACAGAUGGGCUAUAACAGCCAACCCACUUUCAGAGCAGUAGAGAUUGGCCCAGACCAGAACCUCUCUGUCGCUCAAGUCACAGGAAACAGCCAGGAACUUCAGAUGCAGAAUGGAAGCAGAUCCUGUCUCUCAGGCUCCCUGGUUUCCCUGCACUGUCUUGUCUGUGGAAAGAGCCUGAAGACUCCUCGUGUGGUGGGUGGAGUGGAGGCCUCUGUGGAUUCUUGGCCAUGGCAGGUCAGCAUCCAGUACAACAAGCAGCACGUCUGUGGUGGAAGCAUCCUGGACCCCCACUGGAUCCUCACAGCAGCCCACUGCUUCAAGAAGUAUCUUGAUGUUCCCAGCUGGAAGGUGAGGGCCGGCUCAAACGAACUGAGUAACUCUCCGUCCUUGCCUGUGGCUAAGAUCUUCAUUGCCGAACCCAAUCCCCUGUACCCCAAAGAAAAGGACAUUGCCCUCGUUAAGCUGAAGACGCCACUCACAUUCUCAGGCUCAGUCAGGCCCAUCUGCCUGCCCUUCUCUGAUGAAGUGCUCAUCCCAGCCACACCAGUCUGGGUCAUUGGAUGGGGCUUUACAGAGGAAAACGGAGGGAAGAUGUCUGACACACUGCUGCAGGCGUCAGUCCAGGUCAUUGACAGCACACGGUGCAAUGCACAGGAUGCCUACGAGGGGGAAGUGACCGCUGAGAUGCUGUGUGCGGGUACCCCACAGGGUGGCAAGGACACCUGCCAGGGUGACAGUGGUGGGCCUUUGAUGUACCAUUCUGACAAGUGGCAGGUCGUAGGCAUCGUGAGCUGGGGCCAUGGCUGUGGGGGCCCAAGUACUCCUGGAGUGUACACCAAAGUCACUGCCUAUCUCGACUGGAUCUACAAUGUUCGGAAGUCUGAGAUGUAAUGCUGCUGUCCACCACACCCAGAAGCUGCUUCCCCUCAGACCUGCCUACUACGUGGUCCCUCAAAGUCAGAGAGGGGACAAGAGUCUCCUUGAACAAGCUCUGGUAUUUCUGCAGCAACCAAGGACUCAGACAUACACAUU